AUGACAUCGGAACUCGCGUCUUACUCCUCCGUAUACGUUUCGGCAGCCUCGGUUUUCGAUUCGGCCACCUCGGUCCUCGCAACUGCGACGGCACAGGUCACCUCGAAGAGUCUGGCCCUUGUUGCUGAGCAGGCGAAGGCCACCAUGUCGUACUACUCGCUUGCACAGGCUGCGGCGACCAUCACGGACCCUGCAGCGGCUUCAAGUGCGUCUGCUGAGGCUGCGGUUGCUUCGGCAAUUAUGAAGCAAUUGUUCGACAAUAAUGCGUUCUAUGGAGGAAACGCUCCCUCUUUGGGUGGAAACAUUGCUCUGCUAGUCGUGAUGAGUAUCUUCCUUGCCAUGCAGGUCGUUUACGGAGCCAUCUAUAGAAACUGGUGGUUUUUCACUUGUUUUAUUUGCGGUUUAAUUCUCGAAGUCUUGGGUUAUUGCGGGCGUAUCUGGUCCUCGCAGAACAUUAUGUCUUUCAAUGGUUAUGUCCUCCAACUGGUCUGCUUAACUCUGGCUCCCUGUUUCAUCAUGGCCGGUAUUUAUUACACAAUUGGCGAGAUGACCAUCAUCAUGGGCCAAAUGUAUUCCUGGCUCAAGCCAAUGCAAUAUUCGCUGAUCUUCAUUAUGUGCGACAUAACUGCACUUGUUCUACAGGCCAUUGGCGGUGGCGUUGCUUCCAGCGCUCUGAGUGUGCUUGAAAGCACCCGCAGCGGUGCCAACAUCAUGGUUGGAGGCCUUGCCUUUCAAGUUUUUUCCAUUGCCCUUUUCCAGUUCUUUUGGUACGUGUUUCUGUUCAGAUGUUACAGGAGCUACAGAAAGCACGGCGACGAUAAUUUCGACCCUCAAUACGCUUCGGUUAGAAAGAGAAAGGUGUUUUUGGUCUACAUCAGCUUCAUUUCACUGGCAGUUAUUUUUGUGUUUAUUCGGUCAAUCUAUCGUUUGAUUGAGCUUGCGCAGGGCUUUGCCGGCCAUUUGGCAGUGACAGAAAUCUACUUUUUCAUUCUGGAGGCGCUUAUGAUGGCACUUGCGAUCUGCCUCAUGCUUGUCACCUAUCCGGGCGCCGUUUACGGCCGCAACACCAAAAUUGAUGUCGACAAGAGCGCCAGGGGCCUAUUUGAGAACACACGGUGGUUCAACUGCUUGCAGAAGAAGGACCCGGUUGAGGCUGCAGAGCCGGUCGGACCAGAAAAAGAUAAAGCUGCAGCGCCGCUCUAA